AUGUGGCGGUGCGUGUCUCGGAGCCUUCGGCUCGCCUCCGCGAAGGGGAGCCCGAUCGCCAGGAGCGGGGCGCCCAAGCCGCUCCUCCGCAGCUUCCUCUCAACGGACUCAGUAUGAUCACGGGAGAAACCUCUUCGACCCGCGUUUAGUUGUGUUUGUCGAUCAGUUAGAGUCUCUGAAAUUCACCUGUGUGAAAUGAUCGUCUGGGUUGUCGGGUUUAGGGAUCGUCAAUUGGACUCACUGUGAACCGCUCUAUGUUACUUUUAUGCGACUCACUUUUUUUAUAUUCUCUGAUGUUGGAACUCAUCGGCAUUUCUUUUUCCUGGGUGUUUCAAUGGCUUGGAAAGCUUGUUGAAAUCAUUUUUAUCAUUCAUCUCUUUCAGUUCUUUCCCAUGUAGAAACAAAAUCAAAUUUAACCCUUUUUAUCCUUUUCGCGGGGCAGGCCGGAAAUUACACUCUCGUGGAUCACACUUAUGAUGCGGUUGUGGUAGGAGCUGGUGGGGCAGGGCUCAGAGCCGCCAUUGGGCUCUCGGAACACGGAUUCAACACAGCCUGCAUUACCAAGCUAUUCCCCACCCGGUCCCACACUGUCGCAGCACAGGUAUUAUAUUUUCUUUUAGGAUUUUGUGGCUAAUCAUUUUCUCCCAAUCAAUGAUAACGUCCAUUUGGUUGUAAGAAAGAGCAAUGUGACGGGAUGCACACUGAAGUCAGCUAGUCGUGCAAAUAAAAAAGUUGUAUGCCUGAAACUGACGGAAGAUAGGAUGUUGUUCCGGCCCAAGUUUUGUGUUCUGUAAUUUUAUCAGCAUUAUCCAAAGAUCAGUCGGAAACUAAUCUUGAAAACAGUAGGGGAUUAUUGAUGGGGCAGUAAACCAGAGGUGCUGGCUCAGGGAGCACAUUGAUGAUACUUACGUGAAAACCAUUUUUGAAUUCAGAGCCGCUGAUAUCAUGUGUGGCUUUCAAAUGUUUAUGGAAAGUACAAUAACAUGGUGUUCUUUGUUGAUUUAAAUUCUGAGCCAUUGGUAUCACCUGGAACUUGCAACAUGUCAUGAAAUCACUAUCUCCUUUGAAAGACAGUGUUCUACAUUGAAAUUUAGGUUGGCAUAUCCCAAGAGGAUUUUGUUGUAGAGAGGAGAUUUUUUUCAAUCGAGGAUAGCCUUUUUCAGAAGAUACUCACUAGCUAGUAAUGCUUCUCAGCAGGUACAAAAAAAUUAGAUCAACACAAGUGUCUCACAUUCCAAAUCGACGAGAUGCCUGAAAACAAAAAGAAAACAUGUUACAGUACUAUCCUUUUCAAGAAUGUCAGAUUCCUUGUAAUGUUUUUUGGGCACUUGGUGGUGGCAAUUUGUGAGGGUUGUGAUCGUAUAUAAUUUAGUAGAAUAAAAAUGAAGUAUUUUAAUGUUCUGUGUCUGAUUCUAUGCUAUGAGUAACAACAGAACGACGCGUCAAUGGUGGGUUCUACCCUGAAACAAAUAUGGAGUGGAAAAAACGCAAAUACGAGCAAUUUAAAGACUCAAUCACGCUCCCUCUAUUAUGAGCCUUCAGAAACGUUACACUAAUUUGAAUUUACUAAUCUUGCACCAUCAAAGUUACAACUUCAAUAUGAAUAUUUCAGACAAUCCUUAUUUUUUAUAUGUAGUCAAUGCCUACGAGUAAGUGUUUUUUCUUGUCUGAUAUUGCUUUUUCACCUCUCGGAUCUAAAUUCUUUAAUAUCCUCUGCUUUAAGAACGAGACGAGUAAAAAUCAAUAUUUGAGUGCUAAACUUAUUUUGAAUGCUUGUUCGGGACUUUCUGCAGUAUUUUCCACCACUCGUAUCAUUUGGUGCUCACUGUGCUAAAUGUUAUAUCAGAACUCCAAUUCCUCAUCUUCUCGUUAUAUUUUAAACUAUUCAUCUUCUCCACGUCGCUGAUGAUCUUUCAUUUUGGAUGUCAGAACUUUCCUUUCUCUUUCCCUUAUUCUAAUGCAUAUCAUCUUAUGACUGGUUGAACUCAGUUCGGCAUUAAUUUUCUAAACCAUUAUUGUUUAGUACUUCUUACUUUUUUUAGUCCGAACACUGUAAAUUCAUUUGUCAGGUUUAACUGUUAGCCCUUGCUAAGUUUGGUGAUAGCUUUCAUGUAGGGCGGUAUAAAUGCAGCUUUAGGCAAUAUGACUGAAGAUGACUGGAGGUGGCAUAUGUAUGAUACAGUCAAAGGAAGUGAUUGGUUAGGUAAGUUGUGCUUUGCGCACUGGUGUUAGGACAGACUAUUCCAGUGGAUUCCGUGUUGCUGUUUUUACUUGCCACAGAGCAUCAGUAUCACUUUUUUUGUUGCAUUGACACUCUAGUAUAAGUAUAUAGAUGAGCGUGUGAGUAAAUGUCCCGAGUUUAUUGUCGUCAUGAAUUGUCUUGUGCUCUUUUUUUUGUGCCCUGAAGAUUUUGACUGGAGCUGUGUGGCUUUUCUAUUUCUUUUUCAACCAAUGGACAAUGAUGUUCACCUCCGUGGAAAUCAUUUAUUACAUAUUCUAUUGUACCUGCAUGACGGCUACAUGGAAUAUUUGUAGGUGAUCAAGACGCUAUCCAGUACAUGUGCAGAGAGGCACCAAAGGCUGUAAUAGAGUUAGAGAACUAUGGAUUGCCAUUUUCCAGAACAGAGGAUGGAAAAAUCUAUCAGCGUGCAUUUGGUGGUCAAAGUCUUAACUUUGGAAAAGGUGCAGAGGGUCAGAAUAUUGAAUUUCUAUCGUGUUUUCUUGUAUGCUUUGGCUCUUUAUUUACAGAUAUUAGUUUAUGUGCUUUCUGUAGGUGGGCAGGCAUAUCGUUGUGCAUGUGCUGCUGAUCGAACUGGGCAUGCUCUUCUGCACACACUUUAUGGACAGGCUAUGAAGCAUAAUACACAAUUUUUUGUGGAAUAUUUUGCGUUGGACCUUCUGAUGGAUGAUGAGGGUAAAUCACUGAAUCAUCCUUUUAUUGAUCUUAUUUAUGAUAUAUUAAAUUAAACCUCCUGAUAACUCUCUCUUUGUGGUUUGACGUGCCUAAGAAGUUGCUGCACAGUGAUGAGCUUUGUUUCUUUGUUUAAUAUGGAUGCUAUACUGAAUGUGCUCCGAAUGGUAAAUUUUUAAUUUUUCAGCUCGUUAGCUCAUAUUGCCUAAGAAAAAUUACACACACUCUCUCUCUUUAUACAUAUCUUUAUAUAUCUCUGCAAGGUGCUCUUAGUCUGUGACGGUCAGACAGAGCGUGAGAAAUUCUGUUGAGCACUAAAUAUAAAUAUUACGCUCAUCUGCAGUGUAUGCUUAUCUGACCUCUUGCCGAGGAAAUUUGGGCCUGUUAAAGAAAAUCGAACAGGGUCAUGACUUUUGGAUUCGUUUCAAUCGAUGCAAGAUGAUUUAUAUUUAGAUUUUGUGUUUGAAUAAUACAAAUCAGCACAUUUUAUGCCUCCAUGUUCUCAUAUCACCUGUGGGUGCAAUUUUUGUCCUUCUCUCCCUCUUCUCUCAGUGUUGAGAGUUGUUGUAAGUCAAUAUUCUGCACGUGUCUCCCUUUCUUUGCAUUUGUUUCCCAUACAUCCUUUGAAAACUAUUUCAUAAGCAUGGUAAAUUCUGGAAUUGCUGUUUUUUCUAUCUUAAUUUAACAAACUAAUGAACUAUCUAUUACUGAAAUAUACAUUUAUAUGUAUAUAUAUAUCUCACUUACUUUGAGACUUUAUCUUUUGGUAAUUGGUGUUGUGUGGCUUCGUUUGAAGGAGAAAAUCUUGUGCCUCCCAUCCUCAAAUACACACACACACACACACACACACACACACACACACACACACAUAUAUAUAUAUAUAUAUGUAUCCUGGAACCGAAGCCUGAUUGGUAGAUGAUGAAACUGAAGCCACAUUAACAGAUGUUGAAGCGAGAUAUAUAUAUAUCGAGAGAGAGAGAGAGAGAGAGAGAGAGAGAGAGAGAGAGAGAGAGAGAGAGAGAGAGAGAGAGAGAGAGAGAGAGAGAGAGAGAGAAGGGUGUCAAUUAUGCAAUGUCUGAAUUUUUUUUCAGUAGUUCCCUGUAUAAUGUUUGGUGGCAUUUAUAUUUGUGUGGUCCUAUCUUGUACACGUUGAGAGCCAUUCAUUCUUCCAAGGUACAGCUGAUUUGCAGUUGAUACGCUAUUGUUCAUGGAGAAUAAUUAAAGGUAAUGAAAAGAGAAGAAUAAGAAAGGGAAAAUAGAAGGUGUACCUGUUUCCUAAAUAGUGACCCUUCCAGCAGUUGCUUCUAUGUCCGGAAUGGAUACCAGAUUUGCUAACUAGGAUUGACGCUGAUGUUGCUUUUUCUUAUCAUCCAUACAUCUGUCUCUAUCAUCUAGGUUGGCUACUUGGGAAGGUCCAUAAAGUUUGAGAAUGUUUUCUUAUAAAAGAUCCAUAGUAUUUGUUUGGUUCAGGUGCAUCUGAAACCUUGGUUUCAGACUCAGAUCCUCAACAACGUAUUCAAUACUUUCUGUGAUUCAUUUAUGUUUUUAAGGAAAUUUAGCAAGACAAUAGAAAGAAAUAAAAUGAUAAAUAAAUAUCAAUGCGAUUGUUUUGCAUCUUGUGAACAUGUAGGUCCCUUGCAUUGUUAGCCAUAUAUCAUCUUUAGUUGAAAUUCCAGGUCGAUCCUGCACUUAGAACUUGUCCAUGUGCUGUACAAGAAGUGAACACAUGAAGUUGACAAUAACAGAAAUGUUGCUACUAUUUACUCAACUACAGCUUCUGAGGUUCGUGUUUCAGCUUUAUAUCAAUCAAUAAUUAUUACAGUCAAAGGGUAAAGGCGAUUUUGGGGUACAGUGGACCAACGAUUUAUUCAGCCACCUGUACCAAAGUUGCUCGAACAAAUUUUCGCUAGAAGUUUCCUAGGUUUAUAAUUUUAACUUCAAUCAGAAGUCCUCCACAUCAUUGGCUUAAUUUCUCCUGUGACACAAUACAAAGCCAUGAAGAUGAGGUUGGGGGAAGAUAUAUGUUUUGUUAAGCCUAAAUCAUUUUCUAAUGCAUUAACUUUUUAUUCGAUUUUGUUUAUCUGAUUACUUUUGCAUAGGAACGUGUCGUGGCGUGAUUGCACUGAACAUGGAGGAUGGGACCCUUCACAGGUUCCGUGCUGCAAAUACUAUCCUAGCAACAGGGGUAUAAGACGUUAAAACCAAUCUCUAUUGCAUGAUAAAUUGCCUAAUGUUGUUGGAAUACUGACAUAUAAUAUUGACCUUCUCAGGGUUAUGGCAGAGCAUAUUUCUCUGCAACUUCGGCUCACACAUGCACUGGGGAUGGCAAUGCCAUGGUUGCUCGUGCUGGUCUGCCCCUUCAGGUUCACAUGACAACCUUUGUCAGAAAGAGGCAGUUUCUUUUAUUCUGCCCACCAAUGAUGUUACUCAUUCUUCUUGCAGGAUCUUGAGUUUGUACAAUUCCACCCUACAGGCAUAUAUGGGGCCGGAUGCCUGAUUACUGAAGGUAAUAUUUCUAACGUUCAAGGAUUUAUGUCUCCAGAGAAAAAUUCAGCUCCAGUAUGUGAUACUUUAUGGAGGAAUAUUAAAUUACUUAUCAUUUUCGGCUUUUUCUUGAAGGGAAUUCUUAUCUUAAUGUCAUUACUAUUCAAUUUUUAUUCUUUUUUCGUCUAAUUUAAUAAUGUUCUCUCAUGGAUGCAACUUGUAGGAUCUCGUGGUGAAGGUGGUAUUCUUAGAAAUAGUGAAGGUGAGCGUUUUAUGGAAAGAUAUGCUCCCACUGCAAAAGAUCUUGCAUCAAGAGAUGUCGUUUCAAGAUCCAUGACUAUGGAAAUAAGGGAAGGUCGUGGUGUAGGUAUGUGAUCACGGAGGAUAUGAAAUUUAUAUUAAUAGAUUUCCAGUUAGCAUUGUGCAUACCGAACCUAGGUUUAAUUAUAGUUCAAACUCAAACAAGUAGUGGAGACGUGGUUAAAAUAAUUGUUAACUUUUUUCUUUGAGAUCUUUUCCUGAUUUUUUUUUCUUGAUCCACUUGAUAUUUAUCCUUAUUGGAUAUCUUGCCGGGAUACUUGUCACGGACAUGCUACCUGUGGUUUAUCAAAAGCGGAACUCUGCUGAUGAAGAACAAUUUUCAUUUAAAUGGAAUUUGAAGAACUUAAGGCAAAUUUAAGUUUCUAUAUCUUUCACGCAAAAUCGUAGGCUAUUAUCAUCUUUGUCCUUGAUGCAUUUGUACUUCGAAUCUAAUGUCAUUUCCCCGAUCAAAACUGUUAAUCAUUCAAUUUGAUUUUGUGCAGGACCACUGAAGGAUCAUAUUUACCUUCAUCUUAAUCACUUGCCUCCGGAAGUACUGAAGGAGAGGCUACCUGGCAUAUCCGAAACUGCUGCCAUCUUUGCAGGGGUUGAUGUAACUAAGGAACCAAUCCCUGUUUUGCCAACUGUACAUUAUAACAUGGGUGGCAUCCCUACAAAUUACUAUGGGGAGGUAAAGUUGAAAUUACUGGGAUUACAUGGAACAUAUUUAAAUGUACCUCGUCAUUCAUGAUAUAUAUUAAUAUUAUAUAUAUAUAUUUUUUAGGCUAUUCACAUAAAGGGUGAUGAUCCUGAUACUGUAGUUCCUGGUUUAAUGGCGGCUGGUGAAGCAGCUUGUGCGUCAGUUCAUGGUGCCAAUCGGCUUGGUGCCAACUCUCUGCUUGACAUUGUUGUUUUUGGUCGAGCUUGUGCAAACAGAGUUGCAGAGAUUUGCAAGCCAGGCAGGUUAUUUGCAUCUCUAGCAUAUCAUUAACAAAUGCAGUUCUAACAUAGUUUUACAAACUCUGUUGGCAAAUGUUUAGGAGAGAAACAGAAGCCUCUUGAAAAGAAUGCUGGAGAGAAGACCAUUGCUUGGCUGGAUAAGUUGCGGAAUGCUAAUGGUUCACUACCUACAUCAAAAAUCAGGCUAAACAUGCAACGGGUGAUGCAAAACAAUGCUGCCGUUUUCCGUACACAGGAGACUCUGGAAGAAGGUGUUAUACAUUCAAAAUAGAAAUUUCCAUUUUAUCUAGAUUUUCUAGGAAUCAAUUAUAAGAUGCUAUAAGAAGUGUGUUUAAUGGUCCAUUUUUCAUCCUUUCUUUGGCUCUUGAUAGGUUGUAAGUUAAUUGACAAAGCCUGGGAGAGUUUCCAUGACGUCCAAAUUCGUGAUCGUAGUCUCAUAUGGUAUCUUUGUCAGAUUCAGCCUUUAGCUUCUGUUUUGAAGAUCUGUUUUCUAUGAUCCUUAUUAUAUCUGUUUUGAUAGGAAUUCUGACUUGAUUGAGACCAUAGAAUUGGAAAACCUUCUGAUUAAUGCGUGUAUUACUAUGCACUCUGCUGAAGCAAGGAAGGAGAGCAGAGGGGCUCAUGCCCGUGAAGAUUUCACGGUGAGAUUUCUUCUUUUUGGAUUGCUGAAGAACUCCAGGAAUACAUAGACUAAACUCAUACCUCGUGUCCUCUUCACAGAAAAGAGAUGACGAGAACUGGAUGAAGCACUCACUGGGGUUAGUUUUCCCUGUCUUAAAUUUAAUACAUGAUUUGCAGUCAUAAAAAUUCAACAGUGUAUUCCAAACUGUGUACGAUUUUUACUUUCCAUUUUGCACUCUGAUAUGUUAGAAAACUCGUUGAACCAUAAAAAAUGUGUCUUUUAUUAUAUCUCAAAUUAUUUUGAUUUUGAGGGGUGUGAUCCUUUAGUGAACCCAUACGACUUUAUUUUCUGUUCAUUAUCAAGUUUGAUUGCUGAGACGAUCCAGUAGAUUCUUCUUUGAAGUUCUUUAUAUCAGAUGAAUCUGGCUAUUUUAGGUGAAAGGGUUCCUCUCUUAGUAGCUAAAUACCAUAUUUGUUUCUUCGUCCUUUAGGCUUCAAUUUGAAAGUGUUUCUGAUGGAGAAUUUAUGCUUGUUGCAGGUACUGGGAGGAUGAGAAGGUCCGACUGGACUAUAGGCCUGUCCAUAUGAAUACGUUGGAUGACGAAAUCGAGUCAUUCCCACCCAAAGCACGUGUAUACUGA